GGACUCGUCCCAUUCCUCCUGGUGAACUGUGAGGAGCCCAGUUCUGAAGGACUCUCCUCCACCUCACUGGUGGACCUCCCCUCAUCCUUGUCCACUCUAGAGACCUUGGAUUCUACAGAACAUGCCAGUGAUAGGUACUCAGAAACCGACGUCCACCAUGACUUGCUCCACACGCCUCAAGGGUCUGGCUUUUCCAGCCAGGAGACAGAGGAGAUCUCCAUCUUCCAAUCCCCCAAACAUUUCUGGGAUGAUGAUACGAGAAGAGUGAAUGGAACCAACGAUGAUGGCGGGUCACAAACAGCUGAACCCACGUCCACAGACAGCAAGGUCACCCAAGAUGAAAUGAGCACUUGGCCUAAAAAAGAUUUGGAAACAUCUACAACAUGGUGGCCCACAGAGGCUAGCGAGACUCCUAGACAAGUAUCUCCAAUCAUUAAAGUCCUAGCAGAGGAAGAUCCCAUACAGCCCAUACAUAAUGAGACAACAGCUGUAGUUCCAGAUCAGGAGGAGAGGACAGCUCCCCAGAUGACAUCCACAUUUUCCAACCCAACUGUCAAGCCACCCCGAAAGAACAAAAAACAUUCUGGGUCCAGAGGACAUCAUGCCGGUCACAAGUCAGAGUCUGAACUUCAUCUUGGACCUCCUGCAGAUUCACGGAGUCAUCCUGCAGGACAUCACCCCCCUGGACACAUGAGCAAUGAAAGUAUGCUAGUCAACCAGUCUUCGUCUGUUGCCAAAAGCAAAGAGAAGUUCGAUAUUCCACCAGUCUUUUCCACUCAACGGGAAGUUGACCCAACAAAGGCUGCAGCCCCCAUGCAGCUUUCACCAAGUACAGAGCAGGUAAUCUGCAAAGACUGGAUAAAUUUGGCAGGAAAAAAUUACAUCAUCCUUAACAUGUCAGAUGAUAUCGAUUGUGAGGAGUUCAGACGGAGGAAGGGGCAACAGCUGCUUUCUCUCUUGGAAGGAGCGCUCUCUUGGAAAGCAGAGCCACCCCAGAGGGACUGGCUGAUCUUCCUAAGCAAGCCCAAUGAGAAUGACAAUCACCUGCUAAUGACAGUCACAGAGGAGGAACGUGUGGUCCCUGCUAAAGAUGUCUUCAUGGCAUUGGGCGACAUAAAACGAAGCCUCGCAGAGAUCGGAAUUGAAAGUUACUCCAGCACAGUCAGCUGCCAGUCGCGCCCCAGUCCACCCCGGAGCGAUUACGGAAAACUCUUUAUUGUGUUGGUCAUUAUCGGUUCCGUGUGCGUCAUGAUCAUUGUUGCCGGGCUCAUUUACAUCUGCUGGCAAAGGCGUCUGCCCAAACUGAAAAACAUGGAGCUGCAUUUCGUGGAGAAUGGCUGCCAUGAUAAUCCCACCUUGGACGUGGCGAUGGACGGACAGUCUGAGAUGCAAGAGAAAAAGGCGAGCAUCAAUGGUGGCACUGCACACCAGGCAGACGGCUGGGAGACCCUAAUCAACAAGACUGGCAAAGAGGAGAGUGAGGCCAUGGAAGAGGAUACCCACUUAUAA